UGCGUAGCCACAUUUGGAAAAACUAUGCAUUACAUUGUUCUAAUAGGGGGAAUAACAGUUUUUUCAUAGGAAAAAAACAAAUAUUUCCAAAUCCUUUUAGUCGCUGAACACAAAAUGAAGACGCGAAGACAACACUCAGCAUAACGUUGACGCCGUGUACCGUGUCUCGUGUCUCGUGGAUUGGCAUGUGGAGGAACAUUUUUGCUGAUCUUGCGUGACCACGGCGGUGCGUUGUGGCACACCUCCUCCCCCUGCUUCUCCUCCUUCUCCUUGCUGCCUUUAUAAGGAGAAGAGGGCGGAGGUCAUCUUGUCCAAGAGACCCUUUUGACGGGGCACCAAAUGUCCACCAAACGAUGACUUUUGCUCGCUGACCAGGUGGACCCGAGGUGGACAAAGUUACAUGGCGUCGGGCUCCUGAAGGGCUCUUCACACCGGAAGAAGAAAGUUCCAUCAAUAACCGCCAUGUCUCCUUUGCAGCUGUCCGUCUUCUGGCGUCUGUCGCUCAUCUUCUUCUUCAACCCUUUCCUCUUCUUCCUCGACAUUUUCACCGCCGCAGUCGUCGCGAAUAACUGUCACCAUGGCAACGUGCAAACACUCCACGGAAGGACUGUGGCCGGCAACCAAUCAGAGCUCAAGACACUUUUAGGGAACGAAUCUGAUUGGACGGCUGCAAGUGUCGCCCAAGACUCGCUGUGCAGCUGGACUCGAUGGUUGUCCUACGGCCAAACGGCUUUCAUGGUGGGUCUCCUGCUCGGGACGCUGAUGGGCGGAGCUCUGUCUGACAGGUACGGCAAACGUCCAGUGUUGCUGGUGUCGGUGUGCGUGCACGCCGUGUGCGGCGUGGUGCCCGCCAUUCUUCCUCAGCCGCUCCUUUUUCUGGCCGUUCGCUGCCUGACGGGCGUCUGUUGCUGCUGCAUCAACAUCUGCUCCUUCAGCCUGGCCGUGGAAUGGACCGCGCCCUCCGUGCGCCUGUGGCCCCCAGCCUUCCUGGGCUUCUGCUUUAGUCUGGGGACGAUGGUGGGACCCCUGCUUGCCUGGCUGAGCCCCACCUGGACGCAGCUUCACCUGUUUGUGGCUCUUCCACAGCUCGUCUGCUUGCCGCUCUACCACUCCAUUCCAGAGUCUCCGAGUUGGUUGGUCCUAAUGAGGAGAACGGAUGUUCUUGACUGUUACCGAAGUAAAAGUGUUGCAGACAAGGAGUGUGUAGACUUGCUUUUGGCCUCAACGUGGUUGAUGCAGCACAAAGCGGCGGAAGCGGCGAAAGAUCAACCACCUCGACGCAACGCCUGCUGUGACCUCAUUCUCCUCCGACACCCGACCGUCCUGCUGCGGCUUGGCAUCAUGAGCUACCUGGGUGCCGCGUCGGCGCUGACGUACUUUGGCAUUUGCAUGAACAUCGGCUCCUUCGGCGUGAACGUCUACUCCGCCCAGUUGUUCUCCGGCCUAUCGGAGACGCCGUGCCUGCUCAUCCCUCUGGUGCGUUUGGGCCGCCGGCCGGCCAGCAUGCUGACCCUGUUCCUGAGCGGCAGCGCCUGCUUGCUGUCGUUGAUGCUGUCCAGAUACCAAUGUGACGCCAAGCUGGUGAUGAGCUUUGCACUGAUUGGCAAAUUCUGCAUCCUGGCCACCAUCUUCAUCUUGGCUCUCUAUGGCAUCGAGCUGUUUCCCACCGUGGUCAGGCAGCGUUGCGUGUCGCUGGUCAACUUGUGUUUCCGAGUCGGUUGUCUGGUCAGCACGCUGCUCCCGUCCAACCCCAACGGCGCCAUCUCAUUGGCCGCCAUGCUCCUCUACAGCAGCGGACCCAUUAUCGGGUGCGGCUUGUGUCUUCUCCUGCCUGAGACCAGUGGAUCCCCGCUUCCAGACUCGGUGGAGGACUGUCACAGGCCGUCCAAACACCCACUCGCCGUUUGCACCCCCUAAAUGACCGGGAAGGCCAAGGCCAACACCUAACAGUCCUCAGGCAAUGGGGGCUGCUUUUUUCUGUUUUUGUAUAAUGUCCUGAUUUGAAUCUUGAAAAAAACUAAAAUUGUAUUUAUGAGACACCAGCAUGCAUGUCAUUUUUGUGAAGGGACAAAAAUAUAAUAAAAAA